AUGUUUUGCGUCAAAGGCGGUGUGAUUUCCAGCGAGUUGGGUUAUAAGCAGAAACAGGGCAAGAUGUUACAAAACUCAUUAAAAUCUGCUACUCGUUUUUUAAACUUGCGCAAUGCUUGCGCCAUUCCAAAGCGCUUUCAACAAACUCAAACUGCAGCAGAUGCAACCGCCACAGAACCUGAAAACAUCGCCGAUAUCGAGGAUCGUAUUCUGAAGCACCCCGACUAUUUCCAAGUGCAUAACCUGUUUACCGUACGUGAUCUUUUCAAUGCACGAGUACACUAUGGUCAUAAAGAGGGAUCAUUGGACGACCGAAUGCGCCCCUACAUAUAUGGCAGUCGCCUGGGCCAUCUUAUCUUUGAUUUGGAUAUAACAGCUUCACAUCUACGUGAUGCUCUGAAUAUAGCUGCGCAUAUUGCUUUCCGAGAUGGCAUUAUAUUAUUUUUUAAUCGAAAUGCCCUCAAUGCACAUCUGGUAGAGAAAAAAGCUAUGGAAGCGGGUGAAUUUUCACACACCCGUUUCUGGCGAGGGGGUAUUUUCACUAAUGCUAAUGUACAGUUUGGAGCAGUAACCCGUUUGCCAGAUUUGUGUAUCUUUUUGAAUACCCAAAAUAAUAUAUUGACGCAGCAUGUAGCAGUGCGUGAUGCGGCGAAAAUGGCUAUACCCACUAUUGGUAUUGUGGACAGUAAUAGCAAUCCCAAUUUGAUCACAUAUCCGGUGCCAGGUAACGAUGACUCGCCAGCCGCUGUUGAAUUAUACUGUAAUCUUUUCAAAGCAGCCAUACUACGAGGCAAGGCGAAACGACGCGAGCUUCUUGGAGAAACUGUAGACGGCGGUAACGUUGAAUCGACGGUAUCACAACAUGCAAACCAAAAUUAAUAAGUAUCUAAGUUCUUGUUGCAAAAGGCAAUAAAAUGUUGUUUUUUAUGCUUAAAGGAAAACUUACAUUUAUUAAACCACUUUUCGUGCAAUUUAUAGCUAAAGAAAAUAGUACUACACAGACGUUAAUUAAAAUCAAUCUUGUACAAUUCA